AUGGAGGCUCGUGUUGAAGUCAUAAAUUUGUGGUUGAAAAAUGAGCAAUACAAUGCUAUAGCAAUUUGUGGUAUGGGAGGUAGUGGGAAGACAACAGUUGCCCAAUAUAUUUAUAACUUAAAUAAGAAAGAUUUUGAAAGCAGCAGUUUUAUUCCAGAGAUUGGAAAACAAGCUGAUGGGUUGCUUGUGGUACAGAAACAACUACUCAAAGAUGUUUCGGGUGGAAAGAGAAUAAGGAUAUCCAACACUUAUGAGGGUACACAUAAGAUGGAGUUGGUCCUACAAAUGAAGCGGGUGCUUAUUGUUCUUGAUGACAUUGAUAAAAACGAACAGUUAAGCAUUUUACUUGGCACAAAGGCGUUGCAUACAAAAAGCAAGAUCCUAAUAACAACAAGGCUACUAGAUAUAACGCCGUUAUUUGGGUCCAUUUCUUGGAGGUGUCAGGUGCACAAAAUUAAAUUGUUAGAUGAUCUUGAAUCAUUAGAACUUUUAAGCUGGUAUGCGUUUCGAACCAAAACACCCAUGAAAGGUUUCAAGGAGCUUGCAAAACAACUAGCUCAGUAUUGUGGAGGUAAUCCGCUUGCUCUUAAAGUAUUAGGUUCUUCUCUGUUUGUUAGUGAUGAAGACCCAUGGAGAAGAGAUACCAUGAAAGAUAUUUGGAGAAGUAGAAUGAAUUCACUUAAUUCAUCCAAAGGAGAUCUUGAUUGUAACAUCCAAAGUGUAUUACGGAGGAGCUUUGACUCCUUGCCACUUCGCAGUCACAAAGAGUUGUUUCUUCAUAUUGCUUGUUUCUUUGUCGGUGAAGACAACUUUGUCAUAAAAUUGAUAAUGGAGGAUGAAUUGUAUGCUAAAUCUGGGAUCUUGACCCUUAUUGAUAGAUGCCUUCUUACCGUUUCAGCUGAUCGCAAACUGAUGAUGCAUCAACUGCUUCAAGAUAUGGGAAGAAGUAUAGUUUGUGAAGAGUCCAAAGAUCCUACUAAACGUAGUAGAGUAUGGAAUGAUACUGAAUCUUAUCAUGUGUUGAGAAAAGGAUAUGGUUCAGAUACAAUUGAAGGUCUAGCACUCGAUAUGCGAAAGGUUGAGCAGGGGAUGAGAUCAAAGGCAUUAGAGCUUAAAACAAGUUCCCUUGCAAAUAUGGACAAGCUGAAACUUCUCCAACUCAAAAACGUGAAACUCACUGGGUGCUACGAAAAUUUUCCAGAGUUUAUAUGGUUGUGCUGGCAUGGAUGUCCUUUGCAAAUAAUGCCCCCUGGGUUAUUGAUGAGCAGCUUGGUCGCUAUAGAUAUGAGUGAUGGUCACUUGGAAAAGUUUGAAGCACCCACGGGACUUAAUUCACUCAAGUACCUAAGUCUUAAGGGUUGUGACAAACUUGUCAGCAUCUGCAAUCUCUACCGGCUCCCUAAACUUGACACUUUGAUCCUCUGGAACUGUAGUAGUCUGACUCAUCUUUGUAAAUCCACAGGCGACCUUGAGUAUCUUGAAUUUCUGGAUUUGACAGGGUGCACUAAACUUUUGAAAUAUGUAAAACAACCUGAAACCAUGAUGGUUCCACAAAAACCAUUGCUUUCCUUACCCCGGUCACUAAUGUUGUUGGAUCUCACAAACUGUGAGCUGGAUCAUAACAAUGAUGUUUAUGUAGCAUUCCAUGCCCGAUCAUUGUUUGACCUGUGUUUAGCCGUUAAUCCAUUUGAGUACCUGCCCAGUAACACUAAUCUUAAAAUGCUCCGCAUACUCAACUUGUAUUCUUAUCCAAACCUGAAGUCUAUCUCAUGUAUCCCAAGUACGCUAUUGGAGUUGCAUAUAGAUUGGUGUAUGUCACUGGAGAGAGUGUUGUAUGAAUAUGGUAUAAUGAGCACCUAUCUGCAAGACAUAGAUUAUCGAAGCAUGAUGACAUCUGAGUAUACGUCAUCAUCCUUAUUCUUAUUCUUUUGUGUGCCUUUUCAUCAUGAGAAAAACAGGAUCCAAGGAUUAAACGUAAGUUGCUUAUACAGAUUAUCAGGAUCCAAGGAUAAUGAUGAGUUGGGUUUGUUGGCAAAAAUCAGCAACAGAAGCAAGGGUCUUACAUGGGUAUACAACCCUCUAGUGUAUUGCAAACCCAAAGUUGAUGAAGAUGUUGUGUGGUUAAGCUACUGGCCAAUCGGAAACAUAUUAGAUGCUGGUGAUGCAGUCACUGUGGGUAUAUACGCGGAUGAAGCGGCAAUAAGAAUGGACAGACAAUAA